GUUUCUCCGCUCUCUGUUGUGUUUGGCCUCCUCUCUGUGAAGCGGCUUCCUCGUUCAGCAAACCUGUCGACACCUGCGACAGCAAACGCUUUGACGAGGGUUUCCUUUUACCGACAACAUAAACGAUGGCUGCGGCCGAACACCGGAAUCCUUCUUCUUCUUCUUCUUAACGGUUCUUACAGCGGCACGACUCGGUGAUGUUUCCUCCCGCAGAGAAGAUGCCUGCUUCGGGCUGAGUUUUCUGUUCACACCGGCAGCAUGAAGAUAGAUCUCCACCAAGUGCCAAUAACGAUUUUAAAAGUCAGCUUCUUAUUACCUUGCGAUCAAGAUUUCCAAUACAGAUUUUCAAAUGAAAAUGGAGGAUAUGCCCCUCUCAGGCCCAGACAACACCAAGCUGGAGUCCUUGGUCCAUGACAUCUACUCUGAGCUGGUGGAAGAUGCGUGUUUGGGCCUGUGUUUUGAGGUGCAUCGUGCAGUGAAACAGGGCUACUUCUUCUUAGAUGAAACGGACCAAGAGAGCAUGAAGGAGUUUGAAAUUGUGGAUCAACCAGGUGUGGACAUAUUUGGACAGGUGUACAAUCAGUGGAAGAACAAAGAGUGCGAGUGUCCCAACUGCAAAAGAUUAAUAGCAGCCUCUCGCUUUGCGCCACAUUUGGAGAAAUGUCUCGGCAUGGGACGCAACAGCAGUCGCAUCGCCAAUCGCAGGCUAGCCAGCAAUAAUAACAUGAGCAAAUCAGAGAGUGAUCAGGAAGACAACGACGAUCUAAAUGACAAUGACUGGUCGUAUGGGGCAGAAAAAAAAGCCAAGAAGAGAAAAUCAGAUAAGAAUCAGAAUUCUCCUCGAAGAUCCAAAUCUAUGAAACACAAAAAUGGUGAGCUUGGGACUAUCGUCACUUCAGAGCCUUACAAGUACAACUUUAAUACCGGCAUCAGUUAUGAAACUUUAGGCCCAGAUGAAGUCAGAUCCCUUUUAACAACGCAAUGUGGUGUGAUCUCAGAGCACACCAAGAAGAUGUGUACCAGGUCUCAGCGAUGUCCCCAGCACACGGACGAACAGAGGAGGGCCGUCAGGGUGUUCCUCCUGGGGCCGUCCGCGCCGACGCUGCCUGAUGCGGAUCCUGUGGUGGAGAACGACGGCUUCGACAUUCCAGAUGGACAAACUUUAAUGAGCCGCCUGCAGUGGGAAGACUCAUCUGAUAUUUCACCCACUGACUCUGCCUCAUCCAAAGCCAGCACCAACCCUUCAGAUUCCCGGAGGCCCAAGAAGAAGAAGAGGCCAUCUCUUGGUCUGAACAGCGGAGGCGGAGGAGGAGGAGGAGGAGGAAGCUCGAGUCUGACUGGAGGCAGCAGCAGCUCUCAAAGUAAUAUCAGUUUAUCAACCAAAAAAAAGAGGCCUAAGCUCUCUGCACCGUCUAUUCCGAGCAUCUACGAUGACUUAAACUAGCACAGGCCUGUCUGUCAGACCAGCUUUCACCUCCUCUGUUAAAUCCAUCCUCUCAAACUGAGAUUUAUAAGUCUGAGCAGGAUGGGAUCAAACUUGACUUAGUAGUUCUUUCAUCAUUUGGCCUUGACAACAUCUACAUUUUAGAGAUUUCUUCUUCUGCAUUAUGAACACAGUGUUCUAAGAAUGGCAGUCAGACAGAGUCCAGACUGAGUAUCUGCAGGUACUUAUUGACGCAGUUCCACCAAAAACUACAAUAUUCAUUCUGAUGCUCAAGUAAAUUUUAACCCUCUGAACCCUUAGUAUUUCGUGGGCGUUUUUUGCUCCUGUCCCUUUUUUUUUUGUCCUCAGUGUGGGUUCAUUUUUCAUUGCAAUAUAAAGUCCUGCACCUUUAUGGAAACAGAACAACCAUGACUAGAAGUAGAAAGAACUCAAAACUCUCUUUUUGUGUAAUUUCUUUGAUUAUUUUUAAAGACAGCCUGCAGUUCAGCCGAAAAGUCCCUAAAUUUUUGUCACAUGGCUGUUGAUUUCAGUUGAGCCAGUCAUCGCUUCAAGGCUGCACUUAGGAGCACAGAAUUUUCAGUUUUUUUUUUUAACGUAAUCUGGUGAGAGCAAAUUGUUGAUUUUUGGUGCAUUUUUCAAGUAAGCAUGUGAAAUAAUGUGAUUUUGAUUAAAUAUCGCAAUUUCAGCCUUGAUCUGGUUAAUCUUGAUGGAAAAGCCUGGCAGAGUAGUACAAGUUGAUUAAAGUUAAAAAGUUAUUUUUCGGCCAAUUACUAGUGUGAUUUCAGUUGACAUAGCAUGCCCUUAAACCAUCCGGUGGGUUUUGGGGUUCAGAGGGUUAACGCACUUAAUUUGAUGACUUGAUGAUGCAUUCAGGUACCACACCAAACUGGUAAAACCUUCCAACCAAUAUCGAGGAGGAAAUAUACUAAUAUUAUUCGUAUAUUCGGUACUUGUCAGUGGAAAUAAUUGAGCAAUGCAAUUAUAAAUUGUAAAAUUUAUUGGAAAUGAGUUUUAUUGUAAAACAAAAAUAAGUUUUGUCAAAAACGUGGUCUGGCAGUUAACCGUAAAGCCUUUAAAACAAAUGUUAAAAAUGUUAUAUCUUUAUUCAUGCAAAAUGCCACAAAGCCCCGAUACAUCUGAAUCACUUAUUUAAAAUUUAAAUCUUUCAAUUCUCUUUUCUCAGGCUGAAAAGUCUUUAUUUUCACUGUUAAUUCUCCUGAAUCCAGAAAAGGCAUCAUGAAAAGGUCUUCAGUUCUUCCAUGUGACCUUCAGGUACUCUGUCAGUGCGUUGGCUCUGUAACUUGUCCUGCUUUUAGACUCUGUGUUCUGUGAAACUCAGUUAUGAGCAGACACAAGAACUGCGACUGCUUUCAGUUCGACACUUGACACGUGUACUGAAGUACUCAUCAGUGGCUUUUUAAUUCUAGCAUUAUAUUGCACAGUUGUGUGUGUGUGUGUGUGUGUGUGUGUGUGUGUGCGUGCGCCUCUGUAUGCUGACUUGCAUUCAGUGUGAAUGUUUUUAUGUGGUUAGAAGGUGUCUGUCUGUGUGUAAUCAUUUCUAUUCUCACAAAAUUAUGCAUCCUUGAAUGUGACUUUUUUUGUGAAAGUAUGCGUGCCAUUUUAAAUAUUUAACUUUAUUUGUUUACAUCGACGAUAUAUUUAAGUUCCUCUUUGUCACUGCCUAUGUAGUGACGUGUGUAUUAUUUGUGUGUAAAUGCAGAUUUUGAUAUUUGAUGCGCCAGUAGGGCUCUCGGGGCAAAUGUACAGUACGUGUGAGAUGGAAAAUGAAUCAUGAAUCAAUGAAACUUUUUUUGUUCCUCCGUAUUUUUGCCGAUUCUCUGCUUCUAGAUUCCGUCAUACUUAAAAGUAGAUCAGUACUUAUGUUUGUUGCUCACUGUAUAUAAAAGAUAGACCUAGACAUAGUGAUGUCACCCAUUGAUUUGUGGGCUGCUGUUUUGAAGCCUCAAGUUUGGCAUUUUGAUCGUUGCCUUCUUGGUCUUUUGAAACUGGAUGUGACACAACGUUGUGUAGAAUGGUCUGGCUGCACCUACUUAUCAUUCCACUAUAGAAAAAAACAGUCUGGCUUGUUAGUAUUUCUUUAAAAUAUGAACAAUCGCCUUAGAUGCUGCUAAGCCCAGGAUGCAGUGAUGAUGCCCCUGCAAAAACAGCGACAGGGGAAUAGUUUUCAUGUUAAACUGGGAUGUGUGUAGGUGACCACUGUCAUUUAAAAAUGGCAAAUUCACCUAUUAAUCAAGCAAUAGAAAUCUUGAAUGUGUUGCUCAGAGUUUGUUGAUGCCCUUUGUGAAGAGGAUUUUAAAAAUUGUAAUAGGUAGAUAGCAUAAAGGGAGCAAAAAUUUUUGUGAUCUGCGUUAGAAAUGGCAGAUUUAUGCUUGAAGUCAACAUCCAAACAAAAUAAUCACAAGCCAGUCCUUCCCUGAAACAUUCCCUGCUUUAUUGUCUAUUUUACUCUAAAUCGAACCAUAAUUUACAAAUUAAACAUCACGAUGUAUUGAACUAGCCAUGGAACUAGCAGUUUUGACCAUAAACUCAUUAGGAAAAUAUUUACUGAGGUAGUAGUUCAAGUGAGAAGCAGUUUCAUUUUCUUGGACUUCAUUUCUGACUUCAUUUUGCAACCAGAGGAGUCGCCCCCCGCUGGCUGUUAGAAAGAAUGCAGGUUUAAGGCACUUCAGUGUCCGCUUCACCUUACAGGCCUUGAGGCUACUUCUAUCCUUUAUAUACAGUCUGCUUCUUGUAAGCUCACAUUGUCUGAUGUAAAUUCUAAAAUGUGUUUUUUGCAGUUAACAUCUCAGACGCAUUUGCGUUUGUUUUUCAUAUAAAUUGGCUUUAAAAAUCCAAAGAUUUUACUGAUACAGUUGUUAUCAGUAAUGCAUAGGAAAAUAUAUGGAUGUUGUAUCUUAGAAGUCGACUGAUCGAUUGGUUGUUCAAUAUGCUGUUCUCCUGCCAAAUAGUCACUGGUCAGACAGUCGCUGGUAUUACUUUCAGGAUUAAUUGCCAAUUUAGAAGUGGCCCGACCUAAUGUACAAUGAUAGGUCUCACUUAUUUACAUUUAGUGAACAUUUAUUUGGAGUUGGCUCCAAACUAUCUGACAAAACAUCAAAGAAGUCACUGAUAUGGCUCAAAAAGUUGAGUAUAAAUAGCAUCUAACUUAUCUGUGUUCCAUUCCUCAAAAGGUUUUGUGCUGGAUCACUUGUUCUACUUUCAGAAAUCAUAUGAAAUUUAACAGGUGUCUGUAAUCAUUUCAGUAUAAGGUACUGAGGUUAAACCCUGGCUAAUUGGACUAGCAGGUACAGUUCAUUCAAUAGCCGACCAAUCGAUUAGUUGAGGAGUAGAUACGAUUUUCUUCGGUCAACUAUAGCCCUAGUAGAUUUAAUUUGUAUGCAUCACUGUGAUGCUGUACUACUUGGGGAUUGUACAAAACUUAUUUGUUGGGGGGGGGAAAGGCUUGAAAACGGGAGAAGUGGAGGUUAGUUUGUGGCAUUUUCUUGUCUGCGCCUGCAAAUCAAUACUAGAGACGUGCACCUGAAGAGGCUGCUUAAAAAUGAGCACAAUAUCCCUAUUUUUAUGCCCUUUUAUCAGUUGGGUUUCCACUGCAGGAACUUGGGGCAGGCAAAAGUUGGCGCAAACAUUUCCAGGAGCAGCUUUUUAAUUGACUCUCUGAGCAUUUCUGUUCCCAUUUCCCUGGAGGAUUGGACAGAUAGUGGACAUGAUUCCAAUUAUAGGGGUUUAUGAAAAAUAGAGCAGCAAAGGUUUGUUUUGUUGGCCUAUGUAUGGUGAAGUUUACAUUGCUGAUGGCGAUGUUAGAGAGGACAACACUGCUGCUUAACCCUUUGAUGCACAACAUGGGUCAAAAGUGACCCAAAUCUAAUGGAAAAUGAGUAUUUCCUGGCCCACACUGUGCAUCAAAGGGUUAAAAGGAAUCUCAAGAUGGCAGAAAAAUGGUGCAAAUCUUUCUCUUAUAGUUUAGUCAAGCACUGGGCGGUAAGAAGUACUACCUACCCUUGAGUAGGUACUUUUUUUCUCCCUGAAAACAGCCUUAAAAGAGGUUGCACGAAGGUUUAUUGUGCCCUAAAAUGCCCCAUAAGUUCCUGCAGUGGAAAAUUACUUUAUGACGGAGUGGUUUUCCCACUCUUUGCCUGAAUAGGUCUGCUUUGGAUUGACUACUUUUAUCUUUUGUCUCAGUUGGACAAUCCAUCACGAGCCCAUUCUUUUAGAGCACAUAUUACUCACCGAAAGGCUGUUGGCCUGAAAUGUUCUGCCAUUUUUCUCAACCCAGAUUAUGUUUCAUUCAAUUUUUGCUGUGAGAUUUAUAGGGGAAAACUCUUUAUGGAUGGCUGUGGGUCAUAAAGAUACAUUUGGCAGUAUUCACAGAUAAUAAUCAUGUGUCUGUAGCAAAGCUUUGUUGAUACAGUUGGACUGAGAAGUUAGUUUUGGAAGAGGAAGAGCGUAAAUGACAACUGUCAGCAACAACAGAGAGCAGAAAGCAUUUGGGUGAUGAAAUAACCAAUAAUGUCUCUUUAUUCAGAAUGGCUCAAAUAUUCACCAGGUUUUAUGUUUGUCAGUAUUUUAUUCUCAGGUAUUUGGGAAAAGGUGCACAAAAUAGAUUCAUUUCGGUCAGGGAGAGCUUUUUUUCUUCAUCAAAAAAAAGUAAUAUUCAAGCCUCUUGAGCUUCCAAAUACUUUUUAUACAAUCCCUAAAGUCAAGUGCAUUCACUUGUGUCUCAAAUGUGACAAUCUGCCAAAGCCUGAUUUCAUUUCCAGUAUGGAUCACAUUUUUCAGGUUUCUGUUAGUUUCUGCAGCAGCAUUGACCGUGCCCUUGUGAAUCUUGUUCAGUAAAGUCUUGUAAUGUGCACUAAUGAUAAAAUGAACUGUAACUGAGGUAGUUAGGCAAGUAUGAUCCGAUGCUCAUGCCACCUUUAGCGAAUGAAGCUAACAGCCGAUGUUCUCUCGUGGCUUUGUGUAUCUGUGUGCAAUGACAAAGAAUGCAAAAUGCACAAAUGUGAGUGCAUGUGUGAGUGACUCGUAUCUGAACAUGAUGUGAUACAUAGGCUAUUUUUCUUCAUUAACAUGCAUUCUGAUGUUUGUAUAUAAAUAAACACGUACCGGAUGUA